CUCAUUUCCGUCCUUCCUGUCACUCAUCCUUCAUCAUAACAGCGUGCCCGUCGAACGACGAUGGCUCCCGCCAUGGGAUCAUCGUCUCAAUCCACUUCAACGCGCGUCGCUAUUCUCGUCUCCUUGUAUGCACUCAUCCUCGUCUGCUUUCCUUAUGCCCGCUCCCUCGUCUCGGUGCAUCGACGUCCCAUCGAUGAGACUGCCAUUGCGCAGUGGCAGAAGAAGCAGCAGACGACAUGCCCGAUUGCGCUUCCUGCGCUCAUUGGCAUCAAGGGAAUAGAGGCAGAGAUGAGAGAUGACGGGUGGGGUCAGAAGGUGAAAGAGCGCGCUGCUGCGCUCCUUCAGCAGGCCACGGAUGCUCCGUCCAGUCACGAGGAGAGCUGGUGCUUGAAGUGGGAUAUCACAACGGAUAACAUGAGAGCAGAGCAGGCAGACUUUGUCUAUGACGUCCAUCCGUCCGCUUGGCUCCAUGGCUCAACAAUACACCAUCUGGCUCUGCCCUCCAACACUUCGUCCUACUCGCCCGACAGCGUUGCCAUCGCUCUCGCUCGACGCAUCGCCCUCGACUUGAAUCUACCUCUCAAGCACCUCUUGGUCAACACCGAAGCAGGGGCCCCGACAGGCACGGAAGGUAGUAGUAGUGAGGCAGCAGCCGUAGACCCAGUACCAGAGCCAGAGGCGCCGCCUUUUUCCCCUCAGCGCCCGCCAAGGCCCCCUUUGCCGGCUCUCAGCUUAGCAGACGACGAGGAGGUGCUGCGAAGACUAGAAUACGACCAGACUUCAGCAGGCAAAGUCGACGCCCACUCAGACAUCUCAAUUCCCCUCCCGCCGCGUCUGCUCCUCUCCCUACACGUCCUAAAUGAGGACCUGCCUUCCAUUCCCCAGUCGUCCAACACUUCCCACCCUCCACAGCUCCUGGCUCCCCUCGCCUCGUCGCCUUCCUUCAUCAAAGACCUUCAAUCCGAGCUGCACGACGUAGCUCGCUCUCUACAAGGCGUCACUCGCAUUGGGUUUGAGACGCAUUGGGGCUUGGACGCGAAGACGAAUGGCGUCAAAUGGGAGGAGGUCGAGUGGAUGACGGAGGAGAAAUGGGUGGAAUGGGAGGAGAGGGAGUUCGAAGAGACAGUGGACGAGGAGUACGACGAUCCGGAUGAGGACAAGGCUAGGGCGGGAAAUGACGGCCAGGAAGAGGAGGCAUCAGCGGCUCCGUCACCACGCAAGCGUGUCCGCAGCGUCACCCGCACACGAAAGGAGCGCGUGCCCAUCGACAAGAGCCGUCCUGUCACCAAAUCAGUGCACGUUCUCUCUCCCGACCAGCUGGAAAUCUUCGUCGAUGAAGGCGCUUGGGGGCUUACGGAGACGUCUGUCUCGCCUGCGACGCCGCCUACUGGAACGGAGAAACGCAGGAAUAGAUUCCCCGACCUCUUUCCUCGACAGGACAGUAGCGCAGAUGAAGCAGAGAACCAGGAAGAGACCAAGACCCUCCAUCUUGUUCUCUACAAGCCUUCUCGAGAGCACACUCCCCUGAUUCACUUGGCCGCCACUGCGCUUGACGAGGCAGGCACCGAGGCGGAUGGGGAUGUCGACGUCUCAUUGCAGAAAGAACAGCAGCAACAACAGACCAAGAUUGCAGCAGCCGUAGCUCAAGAAGCCGAGCCGGUGCAUUGGGGCUGGACGGUCCCCGGUUGGGGAGGAGUAGUGAUCUACAAUGAAGGGCAGGGCGAGAGUGGUAGAGAAGGGGCAGGUUUGCACCUUCUCUCACCGAGUGAACAGGAUCAGCGGGAUAUUCUCGAUUUAUGGGGACGACAGAUCCGAUCUUUGCUCGGCUUACCAGCCGUCCAAGAGGAGCAACACGGUGCCUCUCAGCGACGCGCCCACUUUCAUCUGCUCCGUCUCACCCUCCUGAAGCGUAUUCGCUCCUCACUCGAGUCCCUCAUUGCUCUACACCAAGUCCUGGCACGCUUGCCGUCCCUGGAGGUCGGACGGGCAGUGCAAGAAAGGGUUGAGCUGGCGCUCAAGGCAUUGCAAGAGCUCGACGGUGCCACCUCUCCUGCUUCUUCCUCGUCAAAUUCGUUGAGCCCACCUCGCUCGCUCCGCUCCUGCUUUUCCCUCUCCUCCCUUGCUGAGCGUCACGCAGGGGAAGCAUUCCAUCACCAUCGAAUGGUGGGCUUGCUCUAUUUCCCCGCUGAGCACACUUGGGCCGUCUAUACUCCGCUGUUCGGGCCGCUCAUCGUGCCGCUGGUCUUGGCGGGUGCCAGGGAGAUGAAAUUGUGGGCGCAGAGAAGGAAGAGGAGGAGGAGAGCAACGGCAGGGAAGGUGAGAUGAGAAGUGAUCCUAGAGGAUGCACCGUUGCCGGUCAUUGAAUGCAGCCAUUGUACACGCGGUAAAGGAAUACGAUU